AUGGCUUGUAACCCAGGAAGAUCACUCAGAGGGCAAAGUAAACCAUCCGAUGCCAGGAAACCUUUCCUGCAGAUGUUCCUGGCCGAGUCCCUCCCAGACUACCGCACAUGGGCUCAGCGUGAGUUUCUCCUCACUGAUAAGCCCGGGGAAUUGCCUGGCUUCACCCGGCAAACCUACCACCAGCUGGCCCUGAAGCUGCCACCCUGCACAGACAUCAAGUCCAAGGUGCGCCACCGAAUAAUCCACCCUUGGAAGGAUAAAACCAAGCACACCUGGGGCUUUCACACGUGGCUUGACGUGGGGCGCUUGCCUGCCACCUUUCCCAGCAGGCCUGACAGACCCUAUGAUAGCAAUGUCUGGCGCUGGCUGACGGACUCCAGGGCCCACCGCUAUCCCCCAGCAGAGCCCGCCAUCCCCCCACCCUCCUGGAUGGGUCAAAACAGCUAUCUGACCUUCAUCAGCUGCACUCCUAUCUUCUUGAAUGAGGACCUGAAGAAACAGGUGAUUUUCAGGACAGUGAAAGAACUAAAAGAAGUGGAGAAACUCAAGCUGAGGAGUGAAGGAAGGGCACCUCCACUCGACACCAAUGGCAACAUCCUGCCGCCAAAGAACUUCAGGAAGUACCAACACAUCUCAGCUGGUGGAAGGUUUGAACCCCUCGGCUUCCAGCUUCUGCCCAACCCACUUCCCAGUGCUUCUGCCAGGAGAAGGCCCUGCCCAAACCCUCUGCCUCACUACCAGGAGACGGCACUAAAGCUGGCCUUGUUGCCAAGUGCGCCCCUGAGAAAGGACCUCGUGAAGAACUACCAAACCCUGAUAAAGGACCGCAUUGCCUUGCCUCUCCACCAUCUCUCCAAGGCACAACCCAGGAAGAGAAAAAGAAGACCUGAACACACCUGGAAAAGCCUCCAGAUGGGUGAGGACCACGGUGGGGACACAGACCCCCAGGCUCCAGUGUUCUCAACAAAUGUACCUUAAGCAGGAAGCCUUUG